AUGAUGGCACACCCGGUGCCUCAUCACACGACGGACAAGAAGCGCGUUAAGGUCUACGAACUCCGUAACAAUGACUGGUUCGAUCGCGGCACCGGCUUCUGCACUGCCCAGUUCGUCCCCGUCCAGGAGAACCAGCCAAAGGAGCCCCGCGUUAUCGUCGAAUCCGAAGACCAACCCGACCGCCUCCUACUCGAGACCAAGAUUGUCAAAGAUGAUGGCUUCCAGAAACAACAAGGCGCAUACCCUGAUUGUAUGGACCGAGAACAAUGUGGAUAUGGCCUUGAGCUUCCAGGAAGCCGAGGGUUGCGCCAUGAUAUGGUUGGUCUCAUCUCCGAAAAUUCAUAUCGUAUGCGCCCGCUAACCACCAUGUCAAGGAAAUUUAUUGAUGGCGUUCAACAAACCUUCCAUAACGUCCUGGGCGGCGCCGACGAUAGUCUCUCGGAUGAUCUUCCUAUGGAUAUGUCAACUUCGACGUUCACGUUGCCCCCAGCUGAUCUGGCGAACCUACCCGACCUCGAAAAUGCUAUGCGCCAAAUGUCCAAUACGGCGAAUGGGCGCGAGGUGUUGGUCAAGUCCAUCAUGGACCACGAAAUUCUUCCGACAUUGGGCAACCUAGUCGAGAUGGCGGAGGACCUCGAGAGCCUCGACGACCUAUUCCGCCUUUGCAACAUGACCAAGACGAUGCUCCUCCUGAACGACACCGCAAUCAUUGAUCAGGCUGUGUCGGAUGAGUGUGUCCUCGGUGUGGUGGGCGCCCUCGAAUACGACCCCGACUUCCCGAAGCACAAGGCGAAUCAUCGGCAGUGGUUGAGCAACCAGACCCGUUUCAAGGAGGUGGUCAAGAUUGAGGACGAUAACAUCCGGCGGAAGAUUCAACAGACCUUCCGCUUGCUGUAUCUCAAGGACGUGGUUCUGGCCCGGAUUCUAGAUGACCCGACCUUCUCCGUCCUUAACUCCCUCAUCUUCUUCAACCAGGUUGAUAUCAUCAACCAUAUCCAAACCAACGGCGGGUUCCUAAACGACCUCUUCUCGAUAUUCGCCGACCCUUCCGCGCACCAUCUGCGCAAAAAGCAGGCCGUUACUUUCCUCCACGAUUGCUGUGCCAUCGCCAAGAACCUUCAACCACCAGCAAGACAAAACCUGUAUAGCAACUUCCUGGGUCAUGGUCUUAUUCGUGUCAUUAAUUUCGGCUUGUGUGACCACGACGUCACUGUACGAGUACAUGCUACUGACAUCCUCGUUGCCAUGAUUGAUCACGAUCCCCAGAUGGUCAGGCAUACGAUUUACCGACAGCUGCAAGAACGUCAGAGGCCUCUCACCGAUGCGAUUAUCGACCUUCUUCUAGUUGAGGUUGAUCUUGGCGUCAAGUCACAAAUGCAGGAUGCCCUUCGAAUUCUGCUUGAUGUGCCGCCGAUCAUGCCCCCAGAUGCAAGAGAGUAUCCUCCCAACCAGCAGCGACCGAGACAGCUUCAGACCACCGACCCGCAGCAGGAACUUUUGAUCCAGCACUUCUACGAGACCUCAGCCGCUAGGCUAUUCAAGCCGCUGCUCGAACUCGAAGGACAGACAGAGUUAAAGUUCCAACCCAUGCAGGAAUACAUUUUCGGCUAUCUGAACGAUAUUCUUUGCUCCUUCAUUCGACAACACCAAUACAGGGCCAAGUACUUCCUCAUCACCCAUAACCUGGCACAACGCUUUAUUCAGUUGCUUUCAUGCAAGCAAAAGCAUCUGCAGCUCGUGGCCAUCCGAUUUAUCAAGCAACUUGUAUUGAUGAGUGACGAGUUCUACAUGAAGCAUAUUGCCGAGAAGCAGAUUCUCGGCCCUAUUCUCGACGUCCUAUUACGGGCAAUCACCCGCGACAAUCUGCUCUGUUCGGCCUGCCUGGAUCUUUUCGUCCUCAUUAAUAAGGAAAAUGUGAAGGAGCUGAUCAAGCACCUCGUGGAAAACUACCGAGAGAAGAUCAUGGCGCUGUCACACAUGGAUACUUUCCGCGAAAUGGUUAGCAGGUAUGACCAAACGGAAGGCUAUACGACCAACCCAGAGUACUUCAUGGAUGAAGACGAAGAAACGGGGCCAACCGCGGCCCAGAGCGAGAGGAGGCCGACGAGGCCGGCCGCCGGGCUGAUGGAGGAGCAGCUCACCGUUGACCAGGCUCAAGAGGAGUAUUGGAACAGCGUGUCGGACGAAGAGGAUGAAGGGCCUCAGAAUGGCCCUCAUUGUACCAACGGAACUACUGCUACUCUUCCUUUGUUGAAGCCAUUGGUUGAAUACGGCUCGGACGAGGAGGAUGGGGUGGCCGGCGAUGAAGCGGCGGCUGAGGAGAAGAAGGACGGCGAACCCAGCAGCACAAAGGAGAACGGUAAACGGCCAGUAACGCCAACAAAAGGUGGGCCGGCCGCCGCUGCCGCUGCCGCGGUUGUCGUGACCCCUCCAGAGAGGAUAUCCGAGAAACGGCGCCGUGAAGAAGACGAGGACGACGAUGCCUUCGAUAAGCUGUUACACUCAAAGCGCCGAGGUAGCAACGCCAGUGCGGCUAGCGCCAGCGCAGACAUUCGCAAGAAGAUGGGAAUCUCUGGAGAUGGUGAUUCUGCUGCGGAUGGUGUUGUUACUCCUGCUGCUGUGGUCGGUUCCGCUAACUCCGCCGAGGAGGACGAUACCUCACCAACAGCCGCCCCCGACGCUGCGCCUGCUGCUACUACCUCGAGUUUAAGCACGCCGAAGAAGAUCGCCUUCAACAUCUCUGCCAAAGUAAAGAGCAUGCUUGGCGGUGGGAAACCUUUGGAGCCUGAGCCCGAGACGACAACCAGCGCAGAGAAGGACAAGGAAACCACAACAACAGAUGUUACUACUGCAAUAGGAAAAGAAAAUGUAAGGAUAGGAGACCGAGGAGAGGAAACGACGACAAAGUCAGCAGCAGUAGUUGAAGAAGGUGAUGACGAUCCAGACGCAAUGAAAGACUAG